AUGGCCGCUUCAAGUGUCAUGCAAAUGCAAUUCAUCCAUCUGGCAAGCCCCAUGACAAGCCUUGCUAACAGGAGUCGAAUGAUUCCGUUACACAACGUUAAACCCACUCCUCGUUUUCAUAGGAAUGCCAGUCUUCAGGUUCGCUGCAUGGCGGAGGAAGAUGAAAAGAAGGUGCAAAUACCUGAGCUGAAGCGGAACCCAAUCCCUGCUCCGAAUGCAAGCACCAAAUUCUCCGAUGUGUUCGCGUUCAGUGGUCCUGCACCGGAGAGGAUCAACGGUAGGUUGGCGAUGGUUGGGUUUGUUGCGGCGUUGGCGGUGGAGUUAUCCAAGGGUCAAGAUCUGUUUACACAGAUAUCGGACGGUGGGGUCCCAUUGUUCGUUGGAACAAGCAUCCUUUUCGCUGUUGCAUCUUUGGUUCCUAUGUUUCAAGGCGUAACGGCCGAGUCGAAAUCUGGCGAUAUCAUGAGUUCGGAUGCCGAGUUGUGGAACGGUAGAUUUGCUAUGCUGGGACUUGUUGCCUUGGCACUCACCGAAUAUGUCAAGGAUGGAACCCUAGUGUAAUUUUUCUCUAGUCUUUGUUCUUAAAGUGGCAUAUAUAAUCUCAGUAGCCUUGUAAUUUCGUAAAAUAUAAAUAUAUUCAAGUUCCUAUUCCGUUAAA